AACGUGGGCUUAUAGAACGAAACAUCUCAAGUGACGAAAGUGUUACAAUUGUGAUUGUUUACUGAAAACCCCAAACAUUCUUCAAAAUGGUGCUGGAUUUAAACUUCUCCCGUUACGAUAACACCACUCCGUUUGGUUUUAAGCUCGUCGGUGGAGCAGACUUCGAUGUCCCUUUGACGGUGGUUAAAAUCUUACCCGGAAGCAUCGCCGAAGAUGCCGGCAUGCACAUCGGUGACGUGGUGGUGCGCAUCAAUGAUAUACCCACGGGUAACAUGUCCUAUUACGAUGCGCACCAGCUGUUGGCCUGCGCCGGCAACCAGUUUGUGCUCGGUAUCUUAAGGGCACGCGAGGUAACGCCGUCCCAACGACUCAUCAAGGAGAAAACGCCAUCGGGCGAGGUGGAGUACAUCAACACCUCGCCGAAGCCGUUUUGGACGCCGAAUGUCGGCAGCCCAUGCCCGCUGGGACAAUCGAAGGAGGAACGCCAGGUUGACGAACAGAUCCCCGAGGUACCGAUCACCGACGAGCAGAUUGCCGAGAUCCUCUCGGGUGAAGCCGAAGUGCUGAAACAACACAACGUGAUCGGCGUGAACUUUAACAAGAUGAUCCCCAAGGCGGGUGUGUUCAAGCAGAGCGAGGUGUUCAAGACGCUCAACAGCGAGCUGGUGCAGAGCGAGGAGGAGGAUAAGAAGUGGACCACCUUCCUGCAGAGGCCUUCGCGACCGCCCCCGAAAACGCCCGAGGAGAGGAAGCUCGAGCGGAAUCCCCCGACCGAGCGCUACCAGGUACGAAUUGUGAAGCAACCGAAACCGAAAAUUGCCCCCGACUACAAGCCACCCAAGUCACCGGAACCCGAACCGGAACCGGAACCGAUACCGAUGUACGACGAGUACCUGAACGAACGCCAGGAGGUGGAGGUGGAAACGAUCAAGACGCUCGUGGAGGAGCCGAUCGAACCGAAGACAGGUGAUGCUGAGGGUAGUACACAGCCCGAGGCAACUAGCCCGAGCGAAGAGGAACCCACGGAGGAGUUCCGCGAACAGUUGCAGAAUGUGCAAAAACAGCUGGAAGCGUUGUCUGCGUUGCCGAACACGAUCCAGGCCACGAUAGCUGCCCUGACCGAACAGCUAGCCGUGCUGGCGGCACCGAAAAGGAAAUCCAAGAGUAUCUCACCCCGACCGGAAGAAGCGGAAGCAAAGGAGGGUGAGGCCACCGAACAGUCGGCACCGGAGGCCAUCGUGCCCGAUGUGUCCGAGACGUUCGAGGUGACCGAGUUUAGCAGGGCGGACAGCAGCGGUGGCGAUCAGUCCUCAUCGAUUGACGAAGGCGAACACAUCCAGUACACAGAGGAAGAGCUCGAGCAGCUAGAGAAAAGGAUGAAGGAACACGACAUUGAGUGGACCAACCAGAACGACAAGGAUUCCGACAGCUCCAGCCAAAACAAUGCCAGCGGCGACAUCCGCACCGCCGUCCAGGACGAGCUGAAACUACAGGUGGUGAAGAAGAAGAAGAAGACCGUCAGUGCGUUCGGGCCGCUGACACCGCAGGAGCGUCCCAUCUUUCUGCCCGGUGGGCGCAAAUGGCGCACGGCAAAGGACGCAUUCAACGAACAGUUCAUCGCGGAAGUGAUCAGCUCGCAGGCGGAACUGAUCCAGGGCACCACGCUUGGCAACUUCUACGAAAGUCCUCAUCUAGGUUACGACGACAGGGUCAACUUCCUCAAGUACCAGAAACCCGAGAAGGACCUCAGCUUCAUCAGGAACAGCGACGUCUACAAGCUGGUACACGACAUGGAUCCCCCGAAGAGUGGCAUCGAGCAGCGCCCGGAGAUGGUAGUAGCCGAAGAAGAUGUGCGAAAGGUAAUGAAAGACGAAACCAUUUUCCAGCCUCGCAAGUCGAAGGUUUUCCUCUAUCAAAAUUGAAACGUUACCAAAACCCCCCCCCAUCCCCAAUUCCCAACCACUCGCGUGCUUUCGGUUUACCUUACGAUGAAUUGGCUAGUGCCCCGUUGUUGGGCUCUGAUUUCGGCAACCGUUACUGACCUUUUUGCAAACAUCUUCUUUGCUACGCACGUCGGUACCGUCUCAAUGAACAACCUUCUGCUCGACGGUUUCAACGCCUUCAUUGAACGCCUUCAUCAACUCAUCGGAUCUCAUCAAUCGCUGCUAAUCGGCUACGUUCCACAAAAUCUUCACCGGUCGCGCUACAGUGUGCAUCACCCUGCUGAAGAAGCCUCCCGAAUGUCCGUUCCUUGCCUUCCGAGUCCCUUUCGAAUCCUUUUCCCAGACAAAAUGAUGUAUUAUUAAGCUUCGCCAGUGUCAUCCGCCCAUGUGCUACGUUUGCUCCCCGGUUGAAACCAUCACCCAAGCCUUUAUUUCGUUGCGACACAUACUGCAGAUAAGGAAAACAAAUCAAACCCUCACCCAUCCAUCGUCCAUCCAGCGACGCAACAUAGGACGGUCCUGUUAUGUUGGUCGACACAUAGAUCGUUUAGAGAGCUUUCAUUUUAAUCUAUAGACUUUUGCUGAUCGAGCACAUCGUUGACUGUUUUCAUUACAUCGCACGAUUGUAUAGAACAUUAUCAAGUAUAUCUAGAGACUGGUAUUUCUAUGUAAAUAAGUACAAUAAAAAUAAAACCCCAUUUACGAU